AUGAGUAUAAUAAAACAAAGUUUUAUUCUUUGUUGCAUUGUUCUAUGCUAUAUAAUAUCUCGAAGUAAUGCACUUCAAUGUAAAACAUGUGAACAAACAGAUUCAUCCUGUUUAUUUGCACAAGAUACUAAAAUACGUCUUUGUGAGAAUGAGGAUGAUGUUUGUUAUUCAUGGUAUUACCGCGAUGGAGAUGAAAUGGGAGUACGACGCGACUGUAUAUCGAUUAAUUCUUCUGAAUAUCAUUUAAUCAAGGACAUAAUUGGUACUAAAGACAGUAGUUGUCUUAAACGUAUACAUGGACUUGAUUGUUUUACAUUUUUACGACAUACGCCUAUACGUCGUGCCUCAACUUUAGCUGAAGUUAUAAAAAAAUGUCUAAAUCUUGAGCUUGAUUCUAUUCGACAAGCAGGUACUUGGAAAUUCGAACGAAUUAUAUCAACAAGUCAAAGUUCACAUAUCAAAAUAGAAAAUUCUAAACAUGAUCUUUUAAAUUUUUGUGCUAAUAAUUAUUUGGGUUUGGCAAAUAAUUCUGAAAUUAUUAAUGCAGCGAAAAAAGCACUGGAUGAUUAUAGUGCUGGUCUUAGUUCAGUACGAUUUAUCUGUGGUACACAAACAAUACAUAAACAACUUGAACAACGUAUUGCAAAAUUUCAUCAAAGAGAAGAUACUAUACUUUAUAUAUCUUGCUUUGAUGCUAAUGCUGAAAUAUUUGAAACAUUACUCAAAGAACAAGAUUACAUCAUUAGUGAUGAAUUAAAUCAUGCAUCAAUUAUUGAUGGUAUUCGUUUAUGUAAAGCUAAACGUUUACGUUAUAAACACAAAGACAUGUUCGAUCUUGAAUUAAAAUUAAAAGAAAGUUUUAAUGAAAAUAAUGAUAAUAUUAUUUGA